AUGCAGAUGGAAGCAGAUCAAAAAGUAAGUGAUUACUUCUCAAAAUUAACAGCCAUUGUCAACCAUAUGAGAACACUUGGGGAGAACAUUACAGAUCAAAUGUUAGUAGAAAAGGUGCUGAGAUCUUUAAGUCCAAAGUUUGAUUUCAUAGUUGUAGCUAUUCAAGAAGCAAAGGAUGUGAAAAAUAUGAAAAUCGAAGAACUGCAAAAUUCACUAGAAGCACAUGAGCUGUUGGUGCUUGAUAGAAGUUAUGAAAGAUCAGUUCAACAAGCAUUUCAAGUUCAAACUUCCAAGAAGGAGGGAUAUCAUAAUGAUUUCAAGAAGAAGGGAAAAAGCAAAGCAAAUUGGUCCAACAAUGGAAAGAAUAAGAUUGAAGACAAAGCUGAAUCUUCAAGAAGAAGAGGUUUUGGCAGAAGCCAGAACAAGAGGAGGGAUUUUGACAAAAGUAAGGUACAAUGCUUCAACUGUGACAAGCAUGGGCACUUUGUUGAUGAAUGUUGGUUCAAGAAAGAUCAAAAGAUUGAUGAAGAAGCGAAUCUGGCUCAUGGAGAUAAUUCCAGCACAGUGUUGAUGAUGGCUACUACCAGUGAUGCAAAGAUUAAGAAUGAAGAGUAG